AUGAAUGCACAAACACAACAAGAUUUUCUGCCAACUCAUGGACAGUACGCUCCUCAGUAUUCAGACCAGGUUGAGGUUGAAGAGCAGAUAUCAUAUAGUGGGAACUCAAUGACAUCUGACCCAGUGACACCGGCCCCUGAAGGCUUUCCAAAUGUCAAGGAGUUUGACCAGCUCAUGGAGUGGCCUUUAAUACCCUCAAAAGAGGCAGGACUGAUCAAAGAAGUGCUUCUUAACUCUGAAGACACAUCCAGAGUGUCAGCAAAAUUUCGAGAUUGGGUGAAAAAAUCAUUCACACUCAAACCGAACAAUAACCAUACACAAAAGUCAGAACACUUAAUCUGCAGCAACGGAAAACCUAUUGUAAUUCAAGAGAAGUUCUUUAAAGUUCUGACAAGAGCACAUCAGCAAUGCCAACAUAAAGGCCAGACUAAAACUGCAGCUCAAGCUAGAAAGACAUAUUCUCGUGCCUUCAGCGCCAGCGCCCAUCCCAAUGAAGAUUGGACAAAGAUAUCGGACUUGGCUGGACGACGGCGCAUACAAAAUCGAAUUGCUCAACGAAAGUACCGCAAAAAGCUAGAGCAACAACAUAUUGAGAGUUUGAAACAAAACAUCGCUUCUUCCUCAGCAUCUCUAGGACAAUCAAACAGGAAGCUCAUCCCUGCCUCAUUAAAAGUGAAGAAGUCUCAGUCUUCUUCACAGCAGCCUCUCAUCAUGGAAAAGAACAAGGCUACAGAUGAUCAGAACACAUCAAUGAUAAUGGUUCUGACUGAGUCACAAGAGAAGCAGGAUGUCAGCAUGUUCUCUGAUCAAUCAAUACUGCAACUGUUUGCCUCUUCCUCACUUACUUUUGCCGAUGAAUCAUACUCUUCAAACUACAGCUACUCACAAUAUUCUCAAGAAUCAACAUACUACCUUGUCUGA